CAAUCACUCAACAAAACCCAAACCCUCUUCCGCCCACACUUCUUCUUCGUCUUCUCUAACUGGGUUUUGUUUGUGUGAUUUAUUUAGUAAAAGCCAGCAAAGAUGUCUCUUAGGCCAAACGCGAGGACGGAGGUCCGAAGGAAUCGAUACAAAGUAGCAGUAGAUGCAGAUGAAGGAAGAAGAAGAAGAGAAGAUAAUAUGGUUGAGAUCCGUAAGAAUAAACGAGAGGAAUCUUUACAAAAGAAGAGAAGAGAAGGUAUGCAAGCUCAACAAUUUCCAACUUCUGCUAUUCAAGGUGCCGGCACUGGUGUUGAAAAGAAGCUUGAAAGUCUGCCUUCGAUGAUUGCGGGAGUAUGGUCAGAUGAAAGAGAGUCACAGCUUGAGGCGACUACACAGUUUCGGAAACUACUAUCAAUUGAACGAAGUCCUCCGAUCGAGGAAGUUAUUCAAUCGGGUGUUGUUCCUAAAUUUGUGGAAUUUCUAAUGAGAGAAGAUUACCCACAGCUACAGUUUGAGGCAGCUUGGGCUCUCACAAACGUUGCUUCAGGAACUUCAGAUAACACUAGGGUUGUAAUUGAGAGUGGGGCAGUUCCUAUUUUUGUCAAACUUCUUGGAUCUCCAAGUGACGAUGUUCGCGAACAGGCUGUCUGGGCACUUGGGAAUGUUGCUGGUGAUUCCCCCAAAUGCCGAGAUCUUGUUCUUGGACAAGGGGCUUUGAUUCCAUUGCUUCAACAGUUGAAUGAGCAUGCCAAACUUUCUAUGCUUAGGAAUGCCACAUGGACUUUAUCAAACUUCUGCAGGGGCAAGCCUCAGCCUCCUUUUGAACAGACAAGACCUGCUCUACCAGCACUCGAGCGUCUCAUUCAUUCAACGGAUGAGGAAGUCCUGACAGAUGCUUGUUGGGCCUUAUCAUAUUUGUCUGAUGGUACAAAUGACAAAAUCCAGGCUGUUAUCGAAGCUAAUGUCUGUCCACGUCUUGUGGAGCUUCUAAUGCAUCCUUCCCCGUCAGUGCUCAUUCCUGCCCUUCGCACGGUUGGAAAUAUUGUUACUGGUGAUGAUAUGCAGACACAGAUCAUUAUCAACCAUCAAUCACUUCCUUGCCUUCUGAACUUGCUUACGAACAAUCACAAGAAAAGCAUCAAGAAGGAAGCUUGCUGGACCAUUUCAAACAUUACAGCAGGGAACAAGGAUCAGAUACAGGCUGUCGUUGCAGCUGAAAUCAUAGGCCCUCUGAUACAUCUGCUUCAAACUGCUGAGUUUGAUAUAAAGAAAGAGGCUGCAUGGGCUAUCUCAAAUGCUACUUCUGGUGGUACCCAUGAACAAAUCAAGUAUCUGGUGGGCCAGGGUUGCAUCAGACCGCUAUGUGAUCUCCUCGUUUGUCCUGACCCAAGAAUUGUUACAGUUUGUUUAGAAGGUUUAGAGAAUAUCUUAAAGGUUGGGGAAGCUGAGAAGAACUUGGGUACUACUGGUGGUGUAAAUGUGUAUGCACAGUUAAUUGAUGAAUCUGAAGGGUUAGAGAAGAUUGAAAAUCUGCAGAGUCAUGACAACACAGAGAUUUAUGAGAAGGCAGUGAAGAUUCUUGAGACUUACUGGAUGGAAGAGGAUGAUGAGCCAUUGCCCCCUGGUGACGCAGCAGCUGCUGCUGGCCCAUCUGGGUUCCAGUUUGGGGGGAGUGAGCUUCCGGCUGGUGGAUUCAACUUCAGCUGAAGGUAACACGUCCACUAAAAUGUGUUUCGUCUUCAUUACGAAGUGUGUUUUUCUCUUGCAUAUUUCAAGCAGAAUGUCAUUAUCAGCAAGCCUCUUAUCACAAUAUCUGUGAUAAAAGUAAUUUAUCUGGAUUAUUUUUAGGUAAUUUAAACAGAAGUUGUUUUGUAGGCUUCCCCAUCAGAUAAACUAGGUAUUGAGUCAUUCAUUUUCAUGCAGGGAGUUCCUUGAGCCCUUCUACAGAGAGAGAGAAUUUGUUUAUUUUGUUUUUGUCGAGGUCCAAUAUUACCAUGUCAAACUUAUUUGUUGAAAGAAAACAAACAUAAAAGAGUAUGAUUUUUAUUUGCUGUUUAUCAAAACAUUCUUGAUGCAUUCACCGGUGAA